AUGCUUCCUUCCCAGUUCUUCUUUGUACUGCUUGCAGCCUCAGGUGUUCAAGCUGCUCCAAAUUUUGUUGUGGAGAAUGCGGGACCCCUCCUGGAAAAUGCCUCUUACCAUACACGGGCUGCCACGGUCACCAUGUCUCUCUCACCUCAUACUUCUCUGGUUGGAGAUCCUGUUAUCCUCAAUGCCAGCCCCACAGUACAUCCUUUUGUGCUGUCCUUCAGAUCCUCACAUGUGUGGGAUGUAAUUAUCACUGGAGUACCCAAGCUGGACUUUGAGGUGGUAGCACUCUAUUCCUUGACAAUAUAUGCCAAAGACAACCAUGGGGCAACAGCGUCCCAGACCAUUUUUGUCCAGAUCGAAGAUGUGAAUGAGCCUCCUGUUUUCAUUGGGUCACUUGCCCAGAAAAAUCAAGUUACUGAGAUUUACAUCACAGAGGACACUGCCUAUGGCACCAUCAUUUACAGAGCAGCAGCUGGGGACCCAGAGGGUACGGUGUUGGAGUACUCCAUUUCCCCAGAGAGCUCUGGCUUCACCAUUGAUAAAACUGGGGCAAUUUCCACAGCAAGAGAUUUGGAUUUUGAGAGCGGCAUGAGAAGCUUUUCACUGAUUAUUAAAGUGGUUGAUCCUGGAGGCCUGUUUGCUACUGGAAGUCUAAAGAUUUUCCUCAUCAAUGUCAACGAUCAGGACCCUAUUCUUGCUUGCAGCUUGUUCAAUAUUGAAAAUGGGGUCUUGAGAGUUACCUUCACAAAUUCAACUCUGCACCACAAAGUCAACAUCACACUGGAUGAAGAAAUUCCAGUUGGGAAGAUGAUUGCAAUGUGCCAGGCAACUGAUGAAGAUAACCUGGGAGGUUUAACCUUUGGACUAGAUACAGUGGAUGAUUAUUUUGCAGUGGACAAAGAGAAGGGGACUGUGGUUACGACUAACAAUCUAGAUGUGGAGAAAACUGGCUUUGCAAGUGCUCUGUCCUUCUCUAUUAAGGCAUGUGAUGGUGAUCAGAGGUGUACAGUGAUUCCAGUGGCUACCUACAUUCGUGGCAUCAAUGACAACUCUCCUUUCUGUGAUCAGUAUCUGAUUAGGUACAUAGGCAAGGAGGAGGUUGCGAAAGACACAGUUGUUGCUAAGCUCUCAUGCCAUGACCUUGACAAACCUCCUGACACAAUUCAUUAUGCUCCAAGCUCUGGCCCUGUAGGUUCUGGACAACUAUUUGAGCAAGUGCCAGAUACCAAAAAUUUCAUUCAGGUUACCAAAGAUCUGGAUUAUGAAAACCCAGAGGUGGUUGCAGCAGGGCACAUGUAUGAAAUGAUGAUUUCAGUAUUUGAUGACCUACAUCCAUCUCAUACAGUGACGGUGACAAUCCUUGUGGAGAUUGCUCCUGACAAUGAUUUCAGCCCCAAAUUUCAAGCCUUGCACUAUGUAUUUUCAGUUCCAGAAACAUCAGAAGCUUUCUACAAAGUUGGACAAGUGACUGCUAUUGAUGAGGACCACCCACCAGACUGUCUGACAUACAAGAUAACCAAGGGACACAUCCAGGCUGUACAAAAGUUUUGGAUUCACCCCUUCUCUGGAGUGAUCGAACUCACCACUCAGCCAGACUAUGAGUCAGUGAGGCAAUAUAACCUCACAGUUGAAGCUGUGGAUUGUGACAGAAACCGUCCACGCACUGCAGUGGCCACAGUUACUGUUGACAUUGAAGAUGAGAAUGAUGAAGCACCUGUCUGCACACCCUAUCUAUAUACAGCAAUCAUCUCUGACAAUGUUAUUGCUGGGACAAAUGUCGAUGGCCUCAAACUAAAUUGUCAUGACAGAGAUUCACAAGAUUUUGAAAUGCGCUUUGAAAUAGCUUCUGGAAAUGAAAAUCUUCAUUUCCAAUUAGACCCAUCUCGGGGUUCAAAUACUCCAAAAUUAGUUGUGAAGAAUCCUUUCAACUUUGAAUCUGGAACUGAACUGCAGCUGCAAUAUCAUCUUGUGGUACAUGUAAUCGAUGACAACCUGCAAUAUGGCAAAGCUGUCAAGCCCAAGACAGGAACUGCUGUCAUAGAUAUUAACGUGAUGAGAACCAGCACACCAAUUCCUCCAACCAGUUCUGAACAGAGAAAGGGUCUGACCAUUGUGUACACAGCUAUCAACACGUACAAAAGCAGUGACUGGUAUGUUCCUUUCGUCUUUACUCUGAUGGCUGUUUUCUUUGUUGGAUUGGUUUCCUGGAUGUGUUUUCUACUCUGGAGAUAUGGAAACAUUAAGACCAAGUCUCAGAGAAUGACCAAGGAAGUCUCCAAGUCAAAAUUCAAAGGAAUGAAAUAUGUUGUAGGAGAUAGAAGUCAAAGAGAAAAAAAUGUUAUCACAGAAACCAGGAACAAAAACCUAGAAGUGUUAACAGCUGGUUCCUGCUCAACACCCCUAGCCCCAGGCCUUCUUUAA